AUGAGACCUGGAUCAAAAACCUUAAAAGAAAUAAUUAACAUAAAUGCUGAAAUAAUAUGUAAAUGGACAACAUUAAGUACCCAACGUAUUGUAUUUUAUACAAACAAUUCAAUGAUUGAUAUUCCUCGAUUUCAAAAACAAAUUAUAUUACAAAAGAAUUAUUUAAUUAUAUUUAAAACAACUGAUGGAUCAAUUUAUGGGACUUAUAAUAAUUCUAAUUUAAAUGAAAAUAAAACUGAUUUAUUUAAUGAUAAUAAUCAUUUUAUAUUUCAAUUAAAUCCACCAAUGCAAUUUAAAAGAAAAGAAUUAAAUAAUAAUUCAUUUAGAAUCUUUCCUUGGAAAAAAAGAUCAAAAUUAGUUUUUUGUGUUCCUGGUGCUUUUAUUAUUUCAAAUCCACAAGGUGUAAUUUAUCCAUAUAUUUCAAAUUAUUAUAAUGGAAUAAAUUGGAUAGGAAGAGUUAUUAGUGUAAAUGAACUUGCUAUAGUUCAAUGUAUUGGAAAAACAGAAAUUGCACCAAUUACAAUUGCUCCUCAAAAGUCACUUGAAGAAAUUUAUUAUCAAUUCGAAAAUGUUCUAAAAAGUUAUUUUAAUAAACCUGUCUUAUUAAAAAAAGUUAUUGGAUGGAAUAGAAUAAUGAUGAGUUCAAGUGAAUUUAAUAAAACAAUUCAUUCAUUAAAUGGAUUUAUUGUAUUAAUUCAAACUAUAGAUAAUUAUGUAUUUGGAUCUUAUAAUGAAAAAAUACCUGAUCACAAAUUUGAUAAUGUAAAAGAUCUUGUUGAUAAUGAACAUUUUGCUUUCUCUCUUAUUGGUGUUUCUUUACAUCACCCAAGAAAAUUUAUUAGAACUAAAAAAAAUACAAGAACAGUUCGUUAUUAUCCUGACAAUCAACAAGCUUCAAUUUUUGGUGUUCCUCGUUUUUAUUUUAUUUCAAAAGAAGCAAUUCAAUUAUCUUAUGAUUUUAGUGUCUAUUAUCAAGAUGUCCCUCCUGAAGGAAUUGAACUCUUUGCUGUUGGAAGAAAAAAACAUCUUAAUUAUAUAGUUAAACCUUUAGAAGUUUGGAUCAUUGAAGUUACUAAAUCUUCAGAUUAA